AUGAAGCCCGAAGAAAGAUCCUUAAAGAGGCUCAAGUUUGAGACGCAGACACAGAAGCUGAUGAAUUUUCCGAUUGAGAUUGUGGAUCUUGAAGAUGAUGAAUUCUUUUUAACGCCCAUUCUACAAAAGGGCGGCACCACUAAGGACACUGCCAUCGCAGUUGAUCACUACACUGAAGAUAAAGAACUCCAGCAUGCUCUCAUGGCUUCUCUUUUUAAACCCACCACCGACACCACCACCACUCUACAAAACUUAAUUCAUCUCGACAACUACAACGAUGACUUCGACGAUUUACAUGUACUUAAUUUUAAGCCCCUAAACACUCGUUUUUCUAAAAGAAGAAAACCCUUUUCAAAUCCUUCCGUAACCGAAACUGGGCAGUCUUCAAAUUCUCAAAACGAUGAUGGCCCGGAGUUUAUUUGUGAGAUCUGCGUCGAACCCAGGACUGCAAAUGACUCAUUUAACAUAAAGGGUUGCUCUCAUGCGUACUGUAAGGACUGCACGGCCAAAUACGUGGCCUCAAAGUUGCAAGAAAACAUUACUUCUAUCCCCUGUCCAGUACCGGACUGUGGAGGAUCGUUAGAGCCCGAGUACUGUAGAAAUAUUCUUCCUCAAGAUGUUUUUGAUCGGUGGGGAAGUGCCUUGUGUGAGGCUGUGAUUCUCGAGGCACAAAAGUUUUAUUGUCCGUACAAAGAUUGUUCAGCGCUUUUGAUUGACGAUGGAGGAGAGGUUAUAAGUGAAACAAAGUGUCCGAAUUGUAGGAGAAAAUUUUGUGCGCAAUGUAAAGUUCCUUGGCAUGCGGGGAUUGAGUGCAGGGAGUUUCAAGAAUUGAAUAAGGAUGAGAGAAGCGGUGAAGACAUUAAGUUGAUGAAGCUGGCACUGAAAAAGAAGUGGAAGAGGUGUCCUUAUUGUAAGUACUUCGUUGAGAAGAAAUCAGGUUGCAUGCAUAUGAAGUGCAGUGGUGUUAUCAUGGGAUUAAAAUGUUUUUAAGGCUUGCUUAUCCUCAUCCAUGGAGCUUGUUACUUCAGGCUAACUACAGACUUUGUCUUGAUCAUUUGUAGAUAAACUUGUGUGAAUGAACUUCUGGUGAAGUUUUACAUGAUGUUUUUACACUGGCCACAUAUAAUUUUGGCAAAGACUAUACUAUAAUUAAAUCUGAUCUAACUUUCAGAAUUUUUUGCUGGGCGAAUGGAUUGAACAGAUCCGAUUUUAGGUCCAAAAACUUUGGUAUGAUUGAGUUGCAAUUUUUUAUUUUUAUUUUUU